GCAUGAAGUCACAACAGUUUGUAAUUGUCCUUAUCUUCCCUAAUCAGAGAGAAGUUACUUUUCUUGUUCCCCUAUAAAAUCCAUGAUCUAAAAUGAACCUUGAAACAAUUGCAGCCUCUUUAAGAGGCUAUGGAAGAAGUGGGGAUUUUGGGUUAGGCAAGGCCCUCCAUUGUCAUAUAAUAAAAUGUGGGUUUGGAAGCAAAACCUUCAUAUGCAACAACCUGAUUAGCAUGUACAUGGAUUUUUGUUUUUCUGAAUCUGCACAUAAGUUGUUCGAUGAGAUGCCUGUGAGGAAUGUUGUGUCCUGGACAACACUAAUAGCCGGAUAUACGCAUGGUGGAAGACCCAAUGAAGCGUUGAAACUCUUCUCUGAAAUGGAAUUCUCGCCUGAAAAGCCUAAUUUGUUUACUUUUUCUAUUGCCCUGAAGGCCUGCUCGAUCAAGAAAGACCUUGAACAAGGUCGGUUGAUUCAUGAUCAAAUUUCUAGAGCAAAUUUGUUGUCCGAUACCAUUCUGAUGAACUCUUUAGUGGACAUGUACAUUAAGUCUGGCAGUUUGAUCGAUGCCCGAAAGGUUUUUGAAGGUAUGCCUUUGAAAAAUACAGGUUCUUGGAACACCAUGAUUGCUGGGUAUUUAGCAGAAGGCGAAAUUGAAGAGGCAGGUCAAGUGUUCUCAUCAAUGCCUGAACCAGAUUCGGUCUCUUGGAACACCAUGAUUGCAGGCUAUGCGAAGCUUGGGCAUGGUGGAGUGAUGGAAUUAGUGCACAGGAUGCACAUGCAAGGGCUGAGGCUUGAUGGAUUCACUUUUCCUUGUGCCUUGAAGGCUUGUGCUUCUCUCAAGAAACUGAUUGAGGGUCAACAGAUUCAUGCUUAUGUUUUUAGAUUAGGAUUUGAGUCGCAACUGUUAGUUGUGACUGCUCUGGUUGAUAUGUAUGUCAAGUGUGGCAAAACCCUAGAAGCUCAGACUCUUUUUAUGCAACGUUCUGAUGGUGAAGGGUCUGUUAGAGAGAGUUUGGCCCUUUCAAAUUCAAUGCUAGGUGGGUAUGUUAAUAAUGGGCAUUAUGGUGAUGCUCUUGAACUGAUUUCUCAAAUGUACAAGUCUGGUUUGAGAUUGGACUCCUUCACCUUUGGAAACAUUUUAAAGCUGGGAUGCGAUCAAGACAAUGUGAGACUUGGGGCUCAGGUGCAUGGCCUGGUUGUGGCCUAUGGGUAUCAUUUGGAUGCAGUUAUAGGAAGCAGCCUGGUAGAUUUAUAUGCCAAAUGUGGAAGAAUAGAAGAGGCACAAAGACUUUUCCAAUUGCUUCCUGAACAGGACAAUGUCACUUGGGCCAGCUUGAUAGCAGCUUGUGCUCAUCAAGGAUUGAGCUCACAAGUCUUCUCAAUCUUCAAAGAUAUGCUUGAAUCACGUGUUAAUGCCGACCACUUCGUUCUCUCGAGCAUUCUCAAAGCAUGUUCCACACUGUCCGCUCUUGCUAGUGGUAAACAAAUCCAUGCUGUCAUCGUUAAGAGAGGAUAUGAAACAGAGGUUAUCACAAGCACUGCUCUUGUGGAUAUGUACUCAAAGUGUGGUGAAAUCGAGGAAGGAAUUGCUGUUUUUGAUGGGUUAAGGGACCGAGAUAUAGUUUCCUGGACUGGAAUAAUUGUGGGGUGCGCUCGAAAUGGGAGAGCCAAAGAGGCAAUUGGCUAUUUUGGAGAAAUGUUAAGAUAUGGGGUGAAUCCAAAUGAGGUCACUUUUGUGGGUAUUCUCUCAGCUUGUAGCCAUGCUGGGCUGAUUGAUGAUGCAUGCAGGUAUUUUGAGUCUAUGAGCCAUGACCAUGGAGUCAUCCCAGGUAUAGAGCAUUACUCUUGCAUGAUAGAUCUUCUUGGGCGAGCUGGUAGGUUUGAAGAGGCAAAGAAGUUAAUGGCAUGCCUGCCACAUGACCCUGAUAGAGAUAUAUGGACUGCCAUGCUUGGGGCUUGUGGUAUUCAUGGGAAUGUUGCACUUGGUAAGCAUGCUGCACAAUGCCUUAUGGCUACCUCGCCAAAUACCAUCUCGGCAUAUGUGACUCUCUCUAAUGCGUACGCUAGGAUGGGCAUGUGGAAGGAGUCAUGCAUGUUGAGGGAGGUGAUCAGAGAGAAGGGCAUGAAGGAAGCUGGAAGAAGUUGGGUAGAUGCCUAGUUAUUUGUGUUCCCUGAAGA